GUGAUUCAGAUGUGGUUUAUCUUAUCAGUUUAGGAGGCUCCAACUUAGCUGGCGUGGCAAACAUAACUCCAUCGGCGGGUGCAGGGAUUUGAAACCAGUCUCCUAGUUGCACCAUUCCAUACCGCCAACGAUGGGCCAAGGCCAAUCAAACGCUCCGUACCGCCUCAAAUCCAUUCUUGACUCGGAUUUAUACAAGUUCACCAUGCAGCAGGCUGUUAAGCAACAUUUCCCAGAAGCGGAGGCUGUCUACCGGUUUACACACAGGGACAAGGAUGUCUUCUUUUCCCGUAGAUGCAUCGAUGCAUUUCAUAGUGCUCUCGCCAGUUUCCAGGAUGUUUCUCUAACAAGUGACGAGAAGGCGUGGUUGGCCACCAAAUGCCCGUUUUUUACAGACAAAUACCUCGAUUUUCUCGAACAAUACCGUUUCAAAACAGAACAAGUGUCCGUCAAAUUCAUACCCGUCUCUGAGGACGGUCAAUGGGGAAACGUAGAGAUUGAAGCCAGAGGUCUCUGGGUGGACACUAUAUUGUGGGAGGUCCCUAUGAUGGCAUGUUUGAGCGAACUCUACUUCCGCAUCGAUAGGACGGAUUGGAACUACAGUGGCCAGAAAGAGCUAGCCCAGCGCAAAGCAGAGGCGCUACUGCAGGCCGACUGCGCAUUCAGUGAAUUUGGAACCCGACGCAGACGGUCCUGCCACACGCAGGAUCUUGUCAUAUCUUCUAUACUAAAGGCAGCAGCUAAAUUCCCUGGAGUAGGGAAAGUCACGGGCACGAGCAACAUGUUUUUUGCGAAGAAAUACAACAUCGCUCCUAUAGGGACAAUCGCUCACGAGUGGUUCAUGGGUGUUGCUGCUCUGACAGGCUACGAUGACGCGAACAUUCGAGCCCUGAGGCUCUGGGAGGAAACAUAUCCCAAUGAGCUACUCGUCGCACUGACUGACACAUUUUCCACCCAAGCCUUUUUCAAGGAGUUCUCUCAAGACCGAGAACGUGUGGCUAAAUGGCAGGGAUUAAGACAAGACUCGGGCGAUCCACUAGUGUUUGCACCGGCGGCAAGGGCAAUGUAUGAAGGCGUUGGGGUUGACUACCGAACAAAGAGUAUCAUAUACUCUGAUGCAGUCACUCUGGAAAAGGCCCUUGCACUGAAAAAGCAAUGCACCGAGAUUGGUUUUCCAUGUUCGUUCGGAAUCGGGACGUUCCUCACUAACGAUUUCCACACAAAGAGCAGCAAGUACAAGGAGAAGAGUAAAGCUUUGAAUAUGGUCAUCAAGUUGUAUUCGAUCGACAAUCAGCCAUGUGUCAAGAUUAGUGAUGACCUAGAAAAAAACACAGGGGAUCCUGGGACAGUUGAAUUUGUGAAAAAGAAGUAUGGCUUGCCUACCUAAAGCCCAGCUGUAGAAGAGUAGAGUCGAUGAAGUCCAUUUAAUAGAUUGCCUCCAGAGUGGGAG